AUGAUUGAGGUUGAUUUUGUUCUCAUUCUUUCAGAGGAGAUUUUCCAGUCCCAAAUUGCCCAUUGGUGGUCCCCUGAUGGUGCCAGGUUAGCUUACGCCACCAUCAAUGACACCCUGGUGCCCAGGAUGGAGCUGCCCAUGUUUACAGGCACACCCUACCCAACAGGAAAAGAGUACCACUACCCUAAGGCUGGUGAGGAGAACCCUGUUAUAACCUUGUAUGUUGUGAAUCUUAAUGGCCCACUUCACACCAUCGAGAUGAGGAGACCUGAUGAUCCAAGGAUGGGUGAGUACUAUGUGACCAUGGUGAGAUGGGCCACCACCACCAAACUGGCCAUCAACUGGCUGAACCGAGCCCAGAACAUCUCUAUACUCACUCUGUGUGAGGCCACAACAGGCGUCUGCACAAAGAAACAUGAGGAUGAAAGUGAAGGAUGGCUCCACAGACAGAAUGAGAAACCUCUGUUUUCCAGAGAUGGGCUGAAAUUGUUUUUCACCCGUGCCAUUCCUCAAGGCGGCAGGGGAAAGUUCUUCCACAUUUCCAUGUCCAUCUCCCAGCCCAACACCAGUACAGACACACUACAGUCCAUCACGUCUGGAGACUGGGAUGUCACCCAAGUCCUGGCCUAUAAUGAGGACAGCCAAUUGAUAUACUUCUUGAGCACUGAGGAUGGUCCUAAGCGAAGACAUUUAUACAGCGCGGACACCUUUGGUUCAUUCAAUCGACGCUGUCUGUCAUGUGCCUUGCCUGACAGCUGUGAUUACAUCAGUGGGUCUUUCAGCCACAACAUGAGCUUUUUCUUGCUCAACUGCAAAGGUAGCUAUGACAGCAAUGAAUCACCCGUCCAUUUAUUUUGUGUCACCUGUGAAUGGUACUAAAUUAUCAUAACUAAAGUCAGAUCAAACAGGAAAAGACCAUAAUGCCAUCAA